AAAUUGAGUCGCUAAACAUGGUAGUUGCUGCCUUCCUCUGAGAUUCUCAUAAACGGGGUAUUUUUUCCCCUCCAAAAUGAAUUAGUCUUUGGAGUUACUUGUAUUAGUCAUUGGAGGGUGUGGAUUGUGCACAGAGAAAAGGAACAAAAUAAAGACUGGAAGAAAGGAAAAAGGGGACCCCUUGAACAGUGCUAUAGAGAAGAUGACGAAGAAAACAAGAGACCUCCGAAGACAACUACGUAAAGCUGUUAUGGACCACAUCUCAGAUUCUUUCUUGGAGACUAACGUCCCCUUGCUGGUUCUUAUUGAGGCUGCCAAAAGUGGAAAUGAGAAGGAAGUCAAAGAGUAUGCCCAAGUCUUUCGUGAACAUGCGAACAAGCUAGUGGAGGUUGCCAACCUUGCCUGCUCAAUCUCAAAUAAUGAAGAAGGUGUGAAGCUGGUCCGUAUGGCUGCAACCCAGAUUGACAGCCUCUGUCCACAGGUGAUCAACGCUGCCCUUACCCUAGCAGCAAGACCACAAAGUAAAGUAGCACAAGACAAUAUGGAUGUUUUUAAAGAACAGUGGGAGAAACAAGUCCGCGUUCUUACUGAAGCUGUUGAUGAUAUCACAUCUGUGGAUGACUUCCUAUCAGUCUCAGAGAACCAUAUUCUGGAGGAUGUCAAUAAGUGUGUGAUAGCCCUACAGGAGGGUGAUGUUGAUACUCUGGACAGAACAGCAGGAGCCAUUCGAGGCCGUGCAGCUCGAGUCGUUCAUAUUAUUAAUGCAGAAAUGGAGAACUAUGAAACAGGAGUCUACACUGAGCGAGUCUUGGAGGCUAUAAAAUUGCUGUCUGAAACAGUUAUGCCACGUUUUGCUGAACAAGUGGAGGUUGCGAUUGAAGCCUUGAGUGCAAGUGUCCCACAGCCAUUUGAAGAGAAUGAAUUCAUAGAUGCCUCCCGCUUGGUUUAUGAUGGAGUUCGUGACAUCAGGAAAGCUGUUUUGAUGAUAAGGACCCCUGAAGAAUUAGAAGAUGAUUCUGACUUUGAGCAGGAAGAUUAUGAUGUGUGCAGCAGAACAAGCAUUCAGACAGAAGAUGAUCAACUGAUAGCUGGACAAAGUGCACGAGCUAUCAUGGCUCAGCUGCCCCAGGAGGAAAAAGCGAAAAUCGCAGAGCAGGUGGAGAUUUUCCAUCAGGAAAAAUGCAAACUGGAUGCUGAAGUGGCCAAGUGGGAUGACAGCGGGAAUGACAUCAUUGUGCUGGCGAAACAGAUGUGUAUGAUCAUGAUGGAAAUGACCGACUUCACUAGGGGGAAAGGACCACUGAAGAAUACAUCUGAUGUCAUCAAUGCAGCUAAGAAAAUUGCUGAGGCUGGAUCCAGGAUGGACAAACUUGCACGUGCCGUAGCUGACCAGUGUCCAGAUUCUGCCUGCAAACAAGAUUUGUUGGCCUAUCUUCAGCGUAUCGCCCUCUAUUGUCAUCAGCUUAAUAUCUGCAGUAAAGUAAAGGCUGAGGUACAGAACUUAGGAGGAGAACUGAUUGUGUCUGGGCUGGAUAGUGCUACAUCUCUUAUUCAGGCUGCUAAAAACUUGAUGAAUGCUGUAGUAGUGACUGUAAAGGCAUCAUACGUGGCUUCCACAAAGUAUCAGAAGGUAUAUGGUACAGCUGCUGUGAACUCACCUGUUGUCUCCUGGAAGAUGAAAGCUCCAGAGAAAAAGCCCCUGGUAAAGAGAGAGAAACCUGAUGAAUACCACACGCGAGUUCGUAGAGGUUCUCAGAAGAAACACAUUUCUCCAGUACAAGCUCUAAGUGAAUUCAAGGCUAUGGAUACCUUUUGAAACACUAGGUUGCAGUGACAGGGCAUACAUCUUAAUUUUUUUUUGUAAAGAAAGCAUACCUGCUGACUUGUACAUACAUAAGAAUGAAGCAGUCACAUAUAAAUAAACAAACGUUCAUCUGCUUACCUGAUAAAAACAGCAGCAAUUUGUUUGUUGUAAUAUGAUGUUUUACUGACUAGGCUAUGAAUUUGUUCUAAUGAAGUAUUACACAGUCCAAAGAAACUAUUAAUGCUUGAAAGUAAUUAAUGUGAAAGUGGCUAAAUUAGCACUGAAACUGUGUGUACAAUACACUCUGAGUUGGCAGGUAUGUUGAAAUGAGAACUGGUCAUACAGCAGAUUUAGGCAACAAGGGUUUGUUUGCUUCUUUCAUAAUAUGCAGCAUUUGCUAGCUGGAAACAAGGAAUAUUUGACCCAGUGGACCUGACAUCUGUUACAUCAUGUUAAAAGCUUAGACUAAUACAGUAUAGUGCGUGAACCUUAAAACUAAAGAAACUACUGUAGCUAGAAUCAAUGCUUCCGUUAUCAUUUUACUAACUUUUUAAGUUUUUGUAGUGAUGGGAUAAUAAUGCACAUGUUAUGCAUUGUUAAGGUAUUAAAACAAAGUUUAACACAUACCCAUCAACACCUCUGUGGUGUUAAAUGAAGCACAUUAAGGUGCCUGAUAUUGCCUUUUGUUUUCUUUAGAUUUAGAAGAACAGGCAGGAAUGUUUAGAAGAAAAUUUAGUGAAAAUUAACUGUGUGCAAGUAUGGAUAGUUCUGAUUCUAUCUUAUGUUUGUAACAUGCCUUUGUACCAAUGUGCUCUCCAAUAAACUCAUUUAACUCUG